AUGUUCCCGACCGCUCGCCUUACCGCGUUCCUCGCUCUCGUCAUCGCUGCGGCAGCGUCGCCCAUCGUGACGAUUGACGAGCCAGUCGUGAAGCUUCCGCUCUCGAAGCACUUCAACGGCACGAACUUUGCUGCGACCGACCGUGCGCGCGUCGAGCACCUCAUCUCCCGCGGCAAGUCGAGCAACGGCGCUCUCGCUAGCGUUGGCAGCGCCCCGGUCACCAACCAGGCUGUCAUCUACACUGCCGCUCUUGAGGUUGGCACUCAGACCUUCGACGUUAUCGUCGACACCGGAAGCUCGAACACCUGGGUCGGCGCUGUGACCAAGUACAAGGCUGGCAGCACCAGCACGAACACUGGCAAGUCGGUGUCCGUCAGCUACGGCUCUGGUUCCUUCAGCGGCACGGAGUACACCGACACUGUCACCCUUGGCUCGCUCACCGUCACCAAGCAGUCCAUCGGCGUCGCCUCCCGCUCGACCGGCUUCUCGCCCUACGACGGCAUCCUCGGUAUUGGUCCCACCGACCUCACUGAGGGCACCGUCUCUGGUGUCUCUUCGGUCCCGACCUUCACCGACAAUCUCUACUCGCAGGGCACCAUCCCCGUCGACUCCGUCGCGGUCUCUUUCGAGCCCACCACCACCUCGUCGGUUGAGAACGGCGAGCUCACCUUCGGCGGCGUCGACUCGUCGAAGUACUCAGGCAGCAUUACCUACACUGCCACGACGAGCACGUCGCCUGCCAGCUACUACUGGGGCAUUGACCAAACCAUCACCUACGGCACGAGCACCUCGAUCCUUUCCAAUAACGCCGGUAUUGUUGACACUGGUACCACGCUCAUCUACAUCGCCACCGACGCGUACAACAAGUACGUUUCGGCCACCGGUGCCAAGCUCGACAGCUCGACGGGCCUGCUUACCGUCACGGCGACGCAGUACGCCGCGCUGAAGAGCCUCUACUUUACCAUCGGUGGCACCAAGUUCGAGUUGACUGCCAACGCGCAGCUCUGGCCGCGUUCGCUCAACUCCGACAUCGGCGGCAGCUCCGGCAAGUACUACCUUGUCGUGGCAGACAUCGGUACGAACUCUGGCGAGGGUCUCGACUUCAUCAACGGCUACACCUUCCUUGAGCGCUUCUACACCGUUUACGACACCACCAACAGCCGCUUCGGUAUCGCCACGACGCCGUACACCACCGCGACGACCAACUAA